AGCCAGCACCGCAGCCACGACUCGGCUCGUUGAGGCCGUCGUGGGGCCCUGUCGCUCUCUGCACGCCCUGCACGGUGGCCUGUGGGCCCGGACUGCAGAUCGGCGGGCUCGCCGCAAGGGUGAGAGGGCUCCAGGCUUAAGUCGGGCGGCGGCGCGGCACGGGGGCUGCACACCCGAGGAGGAGGAGGAGGAGGAGGAGUUGGAGGAGGAGGAGUUGCAGGAGUUGGAGGACCCCACACGCGCGCGCGCCUCGGCGCGGCGGGCGGGCGCCGCAGAGGCCAGGCGAGGGCACCGCGAGGGCACCCGCGAGGCAGGCGCGCGCCGCCCCCGCGAGGCCCCUCUGCCGCGGGGGGCCGCCGCGGGCGCGGGGCCCUCUCGGAGGGGCCCGCCGCCGGGGGUCCGCGGGCGGGCGGGCGCGGCGCUCCGACGCCGGCGCCUGCAGCCUCGAUGUGCGCCACGCUCAACCUCUCGCGGCCACGCGCUCUGGCUCGCCGGCAGCGAUCUGGCUCGAGCUGGCAGCCGCAGGUGCGGCCCGCGCAGUGCGCGCGGCGAGCACGAGCACGCCGGCAGGAGCAGGCCAGCGCGGCCGAGACGCCCGAGACAGGAAGGGCGCCCCGAGGUCGGUCGCCCCUCCUCCGUGCGCAGCUGACAGCAACGGUCGGCUGAGAUGCCGACUCGGGAAAAUCCUCGCCGAGCGUUCCGACGCACCGCGUCCACCUCGUCGCGUGCGGGUGACGUGGAGGACGGAAGCUGUCGAUCGAGCCCGUGGUCCCGGCUCGUCCGAGCGACCUCGUCGACAGGCUAGCGGCUGACAGAUGCAACCGGCCAGAAAACGAUCACCCUCGGCUCAGGGUGCCUCGCCAGGCGUGUCGAGGCGACGCCGCCGCCGCCGCCGCCGCCUCGCGCGGCGCGGCAGCCGAGGCCGCGCCGACGCGCCGCGAGGGAGCGGAC